GAUGUCAGCAAGUGACAUCUUGUUUACUACUCUUCAUGUGAUCACUGAUUGGCCAAUCAGUGAUCACAUGAAGAGUAGUAAGCAAGAUGUCACUUCUGACAUUGUUUACUACAUGUGAAAUCUGUGAAUGAUCACAGAGGUCACAUGGUACAGGGCCAUUCACAACAGCCUUGUACCAUGUGACAAGCUGUGACCAAUCACAGCUCACGCAGUAGUUCUCAAUGGCUGCAAGAAUGCAGCCAGAGAGAAGGAGAAAUGAUUGCUU